AUGCCUCACGCAGAAAGCUACACCGAGUUCACACCCGAACUCUACCCUCCCUUCCCCUCCAGCCCGGACUUUCCCACCAUCGACCUGCAAACCAUCUCGCUCAAGAAAAUCCAAGACCAUGACGCCGCCGAGCAAGACCGCAUGUUCGACGCGUGCAAGAAUUGGGGCUUCUUCUACCUCGAACUGCCCGAGUCCGAACAGGGCCGGGUGAUAAAGGAGGGCGCGGAUGAUGUGUGUCGGGUGGCCGAGAAGGUGUUCCAGUUGCCGUUGGAGGAGAAGAUGGAGUAUAGGCCUACGGGGAAGCAGCUUUGGGGGUGGGUUUCCGUCAACAUACGUGCGUGUGUGAUCUGGGAUGAAGGACUGAUCGAUGAUGUUUAUAUAUACAGAUACAAAAUGACCGGCCAAACCCAAGUUGACAAGAACCGCACCCCGGACACCGCCGAAUUCUUCAACGUCGCCAAAAACGAAAUGAUCAUCCCCGACAAGGACAUGACGCGCAAAUGGCCCAAGCCCGUGAUGGACAACAAGCAGCUCUUCGCCAAGUACUCGACCACCGCGCACUCGAUCGGCCUGCAGAUUCUGGAUGUUCUGGCGAGGAAGCUGGGCAUCGAUCCGGAGGAGAUUCAUUCGAGACAUCGGUUGGAGGAGAUGGCGGGCGAUCAUGUGCGGAUGACGAGGGGGCCUCCUAGGAAGAGUAUUGAGAUGCCGGAGAUUCAGACGCCGAGUCAUACGGAUUUUGGGACUAUUACGAUCCUAAUGAACUGGCUCGGCGGCCUCCAAGUCUACGGCUCCCCCAACCACAUCCUCGGCAACCUCGACUUCUCCGACUCCAGCGACUCCUCCUGGCUGUGGGUGAAGCCCAAACCCAACUGCGCCAUCGUCAACCUCGGCGACGCCGCCGUGAAAUUCACAAACGGCGUGCUGUGCUCCGGACGCCAUCGCGUGGUGCCCUCGCCGGGCGAGCAGGGCAAGUGGCCGCGGUAUAGCGUGGUGUAUUUUGUCCGGCCGAAUGAUGAGUGUAAGUUGAAGGCGUUGAAGGGGGACGGCGUGCCGGAGGGGGAUGUCGAUGGGGAGGAUGGUGGGGGCGAGGGAAUUAAUGCGCAAGAGUGGAUUUUUAGGCAGGCGGAGAGGUUGAGGACGGGGCGUUAUAAUUGA